AUGGCCGGUCAAUCGAAGCCUGCCCUCUCUCCGUGGGGGAGCGCCGUUGCGGGUGCAGCUGGUGCCGUUCUUGCAAAUACAAUCGUCUACCCACUUGACUUGGUCAAAACCAAGCUCCAGGUACAAGUAAGAAAGACGACCGAGUCGGAGAAGGAAGAGUCGGAUGAUGCGGUUCACUACACGUCGACAUGGGAUGCGAUUACGAAGAUUGUGGAUAAGGAGGGAAUUGAGGGUCUCUACUCGGGAAUGACUGGGUCUUUGAUCGGUGUUGCCUCGACCAAUUUCGCCUACUUCUACUGGUACAGCGUUGUGCGAACAUUGUACAUGACAUCGAAGAAUGUACCCAAGCCCCCGGGAACGGCUAUCGAGCUCAGUCUCGGCGCAGUGGCCGGUGCUGUUGCCCAGGUGUUUACAAUUCCCGUUGCGGUCAUUACGACGCGCCAACAGACGCAGCCCAGGGACGAACGGAAGGGCCUAAUUGAAACCGGCAAGGAGGUGGUGAACAGUGAAGAUGGCUGGUCAGGUCUGUGGAGAGGUCUCAAAGCGAGCUUGAUUCUUGUUGUAAAUCCAGCCAUUACAUACGGUGCCUAUCAACGCCUGAAGGACGUCAUCUUCCCUGGAAAGACCAGUCUCAAGCCUUGGGAGGCAUUCCUCCUCGGUGCUCUUUCCAAGGCCAUGGCCACCAUUGCAACCCAGCCACUGAUCGUUGCCAAGGUCGGCCUUCAGUCACGCCCACCGCCAGAGCGCAAGGGCAAGCCCUUCAAGACUUUUGGUGAGGUCAUGCAAUUCAUUAUUCAAAAUGAAGGGCCACUCUCUCUAUUCAAGGGCAUUGGUCCCCAGAUCCUAAAGGGACUUUUAGUUCAGGGUCUUCUUAUGAUGACUAAAGAGAGAAUGGAACUCAUAUUCAUUGUCUUCUUCGCGUACCUUAAGAACAUCAGAGAUAAGAAGCUUCGCAAGGUCGCUGACGCAGCGGCAGAGACGGCAAAGACCAGCCUUCCAGUGACAUUGAAGUAG